CGUUUCCAAAGAAGAAGAUGAGGGUGGCGGUGAUUCACCAACAAACGAAGAAGAAGUGAGCGGUUUGUUUGGAAAUGGCGGCUGCUUCGAAAGACAAGCUUGUACGACUUGUGUAUGAUGCACUGCAGGCUGCGUCUUGUCCCUUGGUGGAAGGUCUGUACCUACAGGACACUGACAGCAUGUUGCAGCUGCUCUGUACUCCCUCUCAGCACCGCACUGACAUCCUGGCAUGGAUCUGCAGCAGUAUCAACCCACAUUUUGCCACUUCCAAGUCGAUGUCACAGAGAUCUAAAGACUCAGAUGCUGUAACUAAAGAAAUGGCUCUGCUUGGGCAGGAGCUGAUGCUGUGCAAAGCAGGUGACCUGGAUCUGAUCAGGGGUGAUGCGAGUCCUUACCGGCAGCUUCAAUUCCUGGAGGAGCUUUUAACUCUAGUGCCAGGCUGCAGGAAGUCUGCUGGGCACAAAAUGGAUGCAGAGAUGUUACUGAGCGAGGUGUUUUCUGCUGAGAAUCUGCCUCACCUCUCACAAAUGCUUGAACCCACAUUCAACCCCUGGCCUGCACACAUCAAAGCUUUACACAAAGGCACCAAGUCCUCCCACAAGACCAGCAGAGAGGAGGCUGCUGAUGUGGCUGCCCUUCUUAAAGAGACUCAGUCCGCACUGGAGCAGCUACAGUCAGAGUGUGACUUCCUGAAGGAGGCCCAGAGUCCUGACGUCUUCUCUCCCAGCUCAUUGCGUGUGGCAGCGUGUGACCUCCAGCAGUUGAUGGCUACUUUCAGCCAUGUUUAUGAAACAGACUUGAGAGCUUACUGCAGCAGAGACCCACCCAGCCUCAGCACAGAGACCGCUGUCUUCCAGAGAGUACACCAACUGCUGCUGGACUGCAACACGGAGCUGGAUAUGUUAAAUGAGGUAUCAGAAGCUUCUGCGUCCAUGGGUGAAGAAGUUAAUAUGCUACAAACACAACCUCGCUACUGGAGGAGAGGAGAGAAGCACUCGCUACCGGACCAACUGGCAGAACUUACCAGGCGAAGUAAAGACUUUCUCUCACUGAUGGCCACAACUUCAGACCAUCACCAUGAAUAAGUGAGUGCUGAAGUGAGGGAAGCACUUGGAAUAAUGCAGUAACAGUGGGAGGCCGUUCAAAGGCUCAUCCAUACUUGUGUUAAAACUCAGAGUUGUUACCACUAAGGAUUGUGUUGUUUCAUUUCACAAACGUUAACCAGUGAGAGCGACCGGUUGCGUAGACACAUCACCCAUCUUUUUCAACAGUUUGAAGGAGCCGUGUGUCUGUGAAACACACAUCGCAAACAAUUCAUCUUUUUGGCUUUACACAUCUGUAAAUUUCAAUGUAAUAAAUUAAAUAUUAAUAAAAAUGUAAGCUACAAGCAGUCGGUGGGGCAGUGGGCCUUCAGUCUGUAUACUGUGUUCAAUCUUCUCAUAAACUACAGCAGUGGUUGGCAACUGGGUCAAUAUCACAGACGGAUAAUUUCAAUGAUUUAACUAAAUUUCACCACAUCAGACUGACAGCUGCUGAUCUCCAUCCAGACAACAUUCAUAGAAUCCCUUCCUCUUUAUAAAGUUGUCUUUGUAUAUUGCUGUAAUGCUUUUAAUAGAACGGAACUACAGAGCCUCUAAAUUCUGUUGAUUGCAUAGCAGACAACUGAAAUUACUAAAUGGUUAAAAGAAAAAAAAAACAGCUAUUAAGAUAACAGCAUUUAAACCACACAAAGCAGUGAUGAAGCAAAUUCACUUUCAUUUUAGUAAGAAUUUUUUAUUUGUAGGGCACUAUUCACUUACAAGUCACUAAGUGCUUUACAGGCUCAAAUAAUUUAGUUUAAAAAAAGCUUCAAUCAGUAUUUCAACAUGACAAGCAAACAGCCCAUUCCAAAUAGGCAGGUUUGGAUGAGAAUAACUGAGUUUCACAUUCCUCCUUUUCACCCUAAUUUAUAUUUGCACAAAAUCUAAAUGUGAAUAUUUUGACUGAAUAAAUGUACAAAUUUGGGAUUCUG